GCCGUUAUUACAGCCAUUGUUAGUUGUCUCACUCAAUUAGCAAGACGACGACCUCAGUUCACUCGAAAUAUUAUUGGAGGAUUGGUAACAUGGAGCAAGAAAAAACCAGCACACUUGGUAGCAGUGGAAAUAAGAAGUAUAGAAAAGUGCAUAAAACUUGCAUUCAUCACUUUGAUCAAAACGAAUCGCCUAUCACCCUAUAGAUCAGAGCUACUUGGUGCAUUUACCUCGGUAGGUGGGAACCCGGCAGCAUUACCAGCACGCUCCUCACGCAAUGGCCAAGAUCGACAAGAAGAUAAUAGACGGAAAAGGACUCAUGCACCGGAAAGUGGUGCUGGUCGUGGAGAGAAAAAGCUCAGGACAUCCGAUCAUCCCAUUCCUCAAAUUUCAUCAGUGAAUCAAAAUCUAGGUCAAACUAUUGACGUUUCAUCCAUGCCAUUGAAUGUUGUGACUGAUCUAUGUAUUGCUAUCUUACAAAAUGUGUCCUUGGAAACCUUGAAUGAACGAUUUAAAUUGCUACCGGAAUCAAUGUUUCAGCAAGCGAAUAUCUUUCAAGUACCUACUCCAGCGACAAAUCCAAUGGCGUUCUCUCAAAAUCAACCAUUAAUCGAUCAUUCCACAUUAUCUGAUGAACAAAAGUUAACCAAAGUACCUGAUGUAGAUACAAAAAUGUUGGAACCUGAUCAUGUCACUCCUAUUCGAACACCAUUAGCGAGUGCUGAAGAACGAGCUAGUCAAUCAUUGAAGAUGCAACCAUAUAAUUUAGCUGAACCUCGACCAAUGUCACAAGAUCAACAACAAGGUUUAUUGAAAAUGUCGAUGCAGCGUCUAUUGGAAGCUGAUUACUUUGCUCAUCAGUCAAAACAUCAAUAUUCAGUCAAACGGCCACACCUACAAAACACAUCAUUACAGCAAUCUACUCCACGCCUUCUCACAUGGAGUGCUACAACCAAAGCAUUCUGGGCUUUACUUCUUUCAAAAGUGGGUAUAAUGGUAUUAGAGCCAAAGGAUAAAACUCUUACAAAACUACUCUUAGCAGCUCCAUCACUCAAUGAAUCGAUUAUUACCAAAAUACAAACUAUAAUGCGAGAACAAACAAGUAGGUUUGUAAUGUGCAUAGCGACCUUACGAGAUUUAGCAACACAGCGUCCUACCGUUCGAUCUCAAUGUCUUACGAUAUUACUCAAUUUAUGUACUGAUCCCGAUGUGAAGACACGGUCUACCGCUAUUGCAGCUGUCAAAAGAUGGAAAGAAGUCAAUCCUGAGCUUAAAAAUGACGAACAAGCGCAGGAGAAAGAAAAGCAAAUAAAAGAACAAUCAGAAUCAAUAUCUACAAGUUGGCCAGAGCAGGAUGUCGUACGGCAUACAGAUUUGUUCUUUGCACUAUGUAUCAAAAAGCAUGAAUUAUUAGUUCAAUUAUUCCCUGUAUAUAAUCAAGUUGAUCAGCAUGUACAACGAUAUAUUCGGCAACACAUUUAUAAUAUGGUAACAUCAAUGGGUAUUGAUUCAGCUGGUCUUGUUCAAUCUGUAAAGAGCUAUACUCCUGGUAGUGAAACUUUGAUUCUACGGAUUCUAAAGAUCCUUUGUGACACAGGUAAAAAAAAAAAAAAAAAAAAAGACUUUUAUAACCAAACUUUUUCUUCGUAUUAA